AUACAGCGCCUGAUUUGAUCGUUGCAUCAUUUUUUAGAACAUAGAAUUAGGAUGCAAUUUAGCAAGUGUGUUAUUUUUUCAUGCCACUAAGGAUGCAUUUUUUUUUCAGAACACACCAAGUGUGUUAUUUCGCAUUUAGGAGUAAAACUUACAGAACAGGUGGAUUGAAGGUAGUUUAGCAGGUAAAAUUUCUUGUGGUGGAAUUUGCACAUCCGGCUUCGAGUUAUUGAUUUGGUACGGGUGCUCACAUUUUUCCAAAGCUAUUCUUAUAGUGGUAGGCAGUGUGCUUGCUCACAGUGUGGCGUAUAUGCUAACUUGCCAAUUUUAAGAUCUGCCGGUUCAGUUUUUUAGAGGUGCUUAUACAAGGGAGAGUGUAUGUGCAUAUAUGUAAAUGUCAGAUAUACUAUAUUUUGUAAAAAAACACAAAACACAAUUUCAAUAUCCAAGUAAAAGAUUAUACCUCAAUUGAAUAGUUAAACUUGUUUGUUCCUCUUUGGUCCCAUCAAAGGGUCAUGCGGACCAAAAAAAGAGAAACGGAAAAGGAAGACUACCAAGUCACUGGCAUCAUAAUCAUUUAGUGCCAUUCGUUCCCGUCAAAGGGGCCAUGUGGACCAAAGAAGAGAAACGGAAUAGAAAGACCACAAGUCAAAAUAAGUUAGUGGCAUCACAAUCAUGUAGUUGCCACUAUAUGCAGUUUUCUCGCACAAAUAGUGAUUGAUUGCUCCUGCUGCUACCCUUGAGUGGUGACUUUGGUAGCUACUCACUCAUCUUUGCCCCAUUCGUUGGUUUGCUGUUCUGUGUAGCGCGAACUACUUCCUGCCAUGGCGAUCUCUGCGGCAUCUCAUCGCUCUACUGCUACUUCCCUGCGAGCCUUAUCUGUAUUAUUAUCUGUGUUUGCAGUUCUUGUUGCAGAUGUAGAGGGACGGCAUCAUGUUGUUUGUCCUUCUUUCUCCUGCGGUGGUUUUAGCAACGUAUCAUAUCCCUUCCGUCGGCAAGGUGAUCCACAUAGGUGUGGUGUUCAAUCGUACGAGCUGGUUUGCACGGAGACCAGCGCUACGAUCCGCAUCGGCAGUGGAACAUACAACGUGCUUAGCAUCGACUACGCAGGUUCUUCCUUCUGGGUUGUUGAUGCCAACUUGGGCGUGCAAAAUAGUUGCCCCCUUCCGCGGUGGGAUUACGGAGACAUACCGCGGUGGGAUUACGGACUUUAUUAUUUUUAUUAUGAUGAUCCUUACUACUAUGGCAAGUCACAUCGCAUUGAGCUGUACCCAUACCGGAGUGGUCCAUUGGCUAUCUUUAUGAAUUGUUCGCAGGAAAUAAAGUACAAUGGUUCGUGGCCGGUCAAAUGCCUGAGCACAGCAGAUUCUUUCAUCUACGUGUCAUUAAGUCCUCACUACUCUGUCGAAGCUUUUGCGCCCUCAUGCGGUUUCCUGGCUAUGACUCCUUUGGGUGGUCCAGAGACGAUGCCUGAGAAUGAAAGCUAUCCAGAUGUUUCUGAGGGAAGCUAUCCAGAUGUUGUUAAGCUCAUGCGGAAAGGAUUUGCUCUUCGAUUUCCUUUUACGGCUGGUGAGAACAUCAGAGAGUGCCUCGCACGGUCCAAGCGUGAACUCCGUUAUCGGUUCCGUAACGAUAGCACCAAGGAUCGGACUUCGGACAUUCUUAUAAUUGACCUAGAUUUCUGGCACUGUGUUACUGGGCACUUUAUGUCAGCUAAUCGUGUGAUAUCUUUUCUCCUCGACAUCAUCAGCAUACCAUUACUGGUUGCUAUGUGGGUUCUCAAGUUUAUUCAUGUUCUUAUCAGGUACAUAUUGGUGCCGCUGUCAUUGUUUACCUUCCUUGCCCACAAAUACUGGAAAACAAGAAUAACACUCGAUACAGUAGAGAAGUUUCUACGAAUGCAGCAAUUGCUUGUAACAACGAGAUACGCCUACACUGACAUCAUUGCGAUCACAGGCCAUUUCAGAGAGAAACUCGGCCAAGGAGGCUAUGGCUCUGUAUACAAGGGUGUGCUGCUGCCAGGCGGUGUUCCCAUUGCAGUCAAGCUGUUGAGCAGCUCCAGCUGCAACGGAGAAGAGUUCAUCAGCGAGGUCGCCACCAUUGGCAAGAUCCACCAUGUCAAUGUGGUGCGCCUCGUCGGGUUCUGCUCCGAGGAAACAGUCAGGGCACUCAUCUACGAGUUCAUGCCCCGGGGAUCUCUCGACAAGUACAUCUUCUCGUCGGAGAAGAGCUUCUCGUGGGACAAGCUCAACGAGAUUGCCCUGGGCAUUGCUAGAGGCAUCAACUACCUGCAUCAGGGGUGUGACAUGCAGAUUGUACACUUCGACAUCAAGCCACACAACAUCCUUCUCGAUAGCAACUUCGUCCCAAAAGUUGCUGAUUUUGGGCUCGCCAAGCUGUUCCCAAAGGAUAACAGCUUCGUGCCGCUGAGCGCUAUGAGGGGAACGAUCGGCUACAUAGCUCCGGAGAUGGUGUCACGGAGCUUCGGCGCCAUAUCCAGCAAGUCCGAUGUGUACAGCUUCGGGAUGCUACUGCUGGAGAUGGCCGGAGGGCGCAGGAACGCUGACCCGCAUGCCGGGAGCUCCAGCCAGGCGUACUACCCAUCGCUGGUGUAUGGCCAGCUGACUGGGGAGCAGGUUGGGGAGAUCAGUGAAGAUGUCAACAUGCACGAGCUGGAGAAGAAGCUGUGCGUCGUUGGGCUCUGGUGCAUCCAGAUGAAGCCUUGUGAUCGGCCGACCAUGAGCGAGGUCAUAGAGAUGCUCGAAGGGGAUGUGGGCGCUCUGCAAAUGCCCCCGAGGCCGUUCUUCUGUGACGAGGAGAUGCUUCCUGAAGUGGCUCCGUACUCUCUGUCCUCCGAACUGAACGUGAUUGAGGAGGAUGAUGAGUGAAAUACUUUGUUCCUGCGUGUCUCAAAUGCAUGUAUGAAGACAUAUGUUUGUCCGUUUGUAGCUUGUCAUACUAAGCUCAGGGUUGUCAGUGUGUUAGACAGGAUUGUGUAGUUUCCUAAAAAGAUCUCUGAGGGGACAAGUUGUUUUCUCUUGCCUCAUGAGUAUUUGGCAGCUAUGCUUAAUAUAAUGCAGAAAUAUUGAUGCUUAUUAGCAUCACGUACUGCCAUUUAAUGUUUUAUCA